UAGUGAGAGGUGGAUUGUUUCCUGUCAACACGAUAUGGUUUGUCACCAUCAUUCCGCUUCAUGAAGUUUUCUCAGUCUGCGUGUGCUCCCUCUGAUGCUUCAGAUCUCAGAGGUGACCAUACUGCCAUCCUCCAGUGCCUCGUUCAAGCAGAGAUGGUUAUGACAAAUGCGUCUCAUUUACGUAACUUCUCAGAGUUCUCGGUUAGCUGCCAGUAUUGAACUGAAACAUUUCUCGGAACACUCCAGGAAAAGUUAGUGAUCGUUGUCCCCAUGCAAGAGAGGUGGGAAAAGCAGAGCAUUGAAACAACUGGUCUGACUUCCUUUAGUAAAGAAGAAACGUGGUUAUUUUCUGGUCGAUUUCAGUAAGCUUUGGCUUCCAGUGUAAGGCCCAGACCGGGCACUUCCCAUUGCCAUGGGCACUGAACUCCAGUUACGGAUCUUAGUCUGAGAAAAGUAUCCAAGACUUCAGUGAGUCAGAGACAAAUGAGCAUAUCUCAAAAGGCAUUGACUUGCCAACAGGCACAGUUAGUUGACCUGAAGUCUGAACUGACAGAAACGCAGGCAGAGAAAGCAGUAUUGGAAAAGGAAGUGCAUGAUCAGCUUUUGCAACUCCAUGCUGUUCAACUCCAGCUACAUGCCAAAACUGGUCAGAGUAUCGAUUCUGGGACUAUUAAGGCAAAACUGGAGAGAGAACUUGAAGCUAACAAGAAAGAAAAAGUAAAAGAAGCUCAGCUGGAAGCUGAGGUGAAGUUGCUGAGGAAGGAAAAUGAAGCUCUUCGUCGACACAUAGCUGUGCUUCAGGCUGAGGUUUAUGGAGCAAGAUUGGCAGCCAAGUAUUUAGAUAAGGAACUAGCUGGAAGGGUCCAGCAGAUUCAGUUACUGGGCCGAGAUAUGAAGGGACCUGCUCAUGACAAGCUCUGGAAUCAGCUUGAAGCAGAAAUACACCUUCACCGUCACAAAACCGUUAUUAGAGCUUGUCGAGGUCGGAAUGAUCUAAAACGACCAAUGCAAGCACCACCAGGACAUGAUCCUGAUGCCUUAAAGAAGAGUCAAGGUGUUGGUCCCAUCAGAAAAGUUUUGCUAGUUAAAGAAGACCAUGAAGGACUAGGAAUUUCAAUCACAGGCGGGAAGGAGCAUGGUGUUCCAAUACUGAUCUCUGAAAUCCAUCCUGGACAACCUGCUGAUCGAUGUGGGGGACUGCAUGUUGGUGAUGCUAUUUUGGCAGUAAAUGGAGUUAAUCUGAGAGAUGCAAAACAUAAAGAAGCUGUAACUAUUCUUUCCCAACAGAGAGGCGAGAUUGAAUUUGAAGUAGUGUAUGUUGCUCCAGAAGUUGAUUCAGAUGAUGAAAAUGUAGAGUAUGAGGAUGAGAGUGGACACCGUUACCGUUUAUAUCUUGAUGAAUUGGAAGAAGGUGCAAAUUCAAAUUCUAACAGGAAAGAUGCAAAUGUGGAUGUCAAACCCUCGCAAGCGUUUGAUAAGAAACCAAGUAUUGAUGGACAUGAAAACGGAGACCUGGGGAAUUCAGUUGAAGCUGCGCUAGAAGACACUGUACCCAAAUUAGCCCGUUCUGCUGAGUCUUUAUCCUAAACACAAACAAACAAAAAAUCAACUGGACAGAUCCUAUCUUUGGGAACAAUUGAUAAUCAAUAUUGACUGCUCCAAGUUGCAUAUACUAGCGUAGGUAGUAAAAGGAUGAUUAAACAUCAAAGGGAACUGUAUUACCGUUGCCUGGAAAAAAGGCGGUUACCUCAGGGCUUCAUUGUGAGCAGUUCUAAAUGUGGAAAACUGUCUUUUGCGUGACACGCAGUAGUUAUCUAACACAUGGCAUGUGAAACAAAUUUUCUUUUAAUAAUAAGCACCAAAGCAUGGGAUUUCUAAAAAGGCUAACCUCAAUACAUUCAACUUUUAAUCUCACUGAUGUCCCCAAGGAAGUAGAAUAAGAUGUGGCCAGCUUUGUUUUGACCCUUUGAUGUUUUAAAGGGACAACUGAUGUUCAGUUUGGUGUGAAACAAGCUUUAACUCUAGAAGCAUGGGUGCGGAGGGGGAUUGUACCAUUGCAUCCAUGAGUUUUGUACUUAAGAUUUUUGAACGGUAACUUUUAAAAGAAAGCGCUUUUUUUUUAUUUCUCAGAAUAGUAAAAACCAGAGCUUUUAUUUGAGCAAAGACCAUCAAAACCCAAAUGGGACAGUGGAGUACUUGCUAAUCGUGAUCUUUCAGCCCAUGAUCAUUUUAUGAGCAGGUUUUUUGGCAUUGUUGUUUUAAUGAAUUCACUGCCAAUUGUUCCAUUUGAAACUUGCUCCAAAAGUAUUUAAACAGAGUAUUAUGGGGUUUUAAAAGCAAAAUUAGUUUAAAAAACACUCACAAUUAUGUGGGCCCUUUGGGUUUUUUUUCUGAGCAUCAUCGAUUUAGCGUUCGUUCUUGAAUGGAUGUGGUUACUGCUAAUGCGGAGUCGUUUGGGUUGGUCAUCAUUAGUUUGACUUUAUGAAAUGCUGAGUGCUUUUGAUGGGUACUGAACAUAUUCAUUUCACAUUAAAAUAAUCUUUAAAGAAGUGAAAGUUGAGUGCACAGUACUUUACAGGAGGUGCUCAGAGUCGUAUGGUGUCUGGCCCUAUCUGUGUUAUGGCAGUCUUAUUAACCUAUAAUUGUCUUACUGUUGAAACAAAAUGUUACUUCUUUUGUAAGAGCAGUGUAUCUUAAAAUAGCUUUUAAUUGGUGUACAUCUAAAGGCCCGUGGCAUGGCUGCAAAUGGGAACGUUGAGGACAGUUUCUUGGCCUGUUUCUCAUACUCCAUUUGUAGAUCUUUUGGUGGAGUGCCGCACUCCCCACGUGCAAACUCUACAUUGUAAUCACAUCUAUUAUUUCAGCAUGCAGUGCUGGCUCUCCUGUUCACUGCUCUGCAGGCUGUUGAACUGUAAUGUGAAAAGAUAAGGUUUUAUACAUUGAGAGAGGAACUAAUGUGAAAAGACAUCUUUGCAAGUGUUACUGUGUAGGAUGUACAUACAUAAGAAAAAACCUCAAAGGCCUUUAGAGUAACAUCAACUAAUCUUAUGUUCUAAAUUGUGAUGUAGAACAACACAGUUACUUGUCUCUCCUAGGAGCACUAUAUAUAUAUGUUUAUAGAAAAAGCCUAAAAAUGUAUAUACUUUAUUCAAAGAUUUUGCUAUUUAUAAAUCCCUUAACUUUGCUAUUUACAUGAGUCGUGUGUGUGCGUGUGCGCAUGAGUUCCACUUCCUCGGUGGAAUAACAUUAUUUGGUUUGGUUUUUUAUAGUAGUCCUUGUCAUACAGCAUACUGUUGAAGGUUUUUAAAAUAGUCAAAGAUGUACAGUUUUCACCAAACAGAAACUAGUAUUUAGAAAUAAAGCUGUGUGAAGGAGAAACAGGUCCCCAGGCAUGUUUCUUUUUCUGAAGCUUCAGAAACUUGAGGACAGGUUGGCAACGUGUUAGCAGAUAAAUACACUGCCAUAACUUUGCAUCCAGAUUCAUCUUUUUCCCACAGUUACGUGUGCAGAGCAGAGUGCGCUCUGAGACUGUCUGUGGCCUGGACACUCCAUGUCCUUUCUGUCAGAGGGGAGAGUUCAAAGCCAAGUAGUGAUCUUCUCGUCUUUGAAAAUCACCGCUGUAUGAAAUCUUGCUGCAGUUGUAAGAAGUGAGGCUCAUCCAACGAGUCUAGUAACUUUUAAAAAAGGCAUUAAAUUUGCCUGUACAGUUUCCCUUUAUUUGAGGGAAAGGUGAAAUUUUUAAUUUAUUUGUUCUUCCGUACUUCUUGGCACAUCUUAUUUUCCACUUAAUGCUUUCAGUCAGUUUUAGCCUGAAGUGGGAGGAUGUUUCUAGAGUUAUUUUCCUAACAUUCCUUGUCCACCAGUUUUUCACGAUACUGUGUUCUUUUCUUCAUCUUCUGGAAGUUGCUGGACCCUUUCUCUGCUCUUACCUUGUCUAUUUUUAACCUAUAUAUGAGAUCAACAGAAGGAACAAUUGCUUGAGGAAAAUGACUUGGAGUAGACAAAUCAGGUAGCAGUAAAUUAUCACCAGAUUUCCUUUCCUGCAGUUUUUAUAAUCUUUGUUUAGAAAGCCCUGGAUGGGAGGAUUUUGCGCAGACACUAGUCUGUCUCCAUGUACUCCAUACUUCCUACCAGCUGAUUUAACAUACCUGUUUAUUGUAGUCAUACUGAGAUGCUUAGAUACUAAUAUUUAAACUGAGUAAAGUUUUGCAAGUUGGGAUUUCCAGAUUCAGUAGACAAAUGUGUGUUCUCCCCUUUGUCAGUAACUGGAAGACUCAGUCCUGCUGAUUCCCAGAGGUUGAAUGAAUUAGACUUGGAAGAAUUUCUGAGGAAAGUCAAUAUUCAGACUUCAUUUUUAUUUUUUAAAGUGUAAAACAG